CGGAUUUAGAAGCAGGGUUAGAAAUAGAGCCUUGUCGUAGAAAUGGGUGGACGCCCCCGCCUUCUGCCCGCCAGGCAAUUACCUGACUGGUGCUGGUGGUUUGCCAGCCCUACACAACUCCUGGCAGCUUCCAGCAUACAUCAGUACAGGAGUUGUGAUGCUUGCGCACAUCAUUGUGCACAUCAUCACAAUAUCUAUAAAUCCCAGUGAUCCUAGAGUACUCAGGAAAAAGAAACCUAAGAUAACGUUCGACAAGAUGAAACAUCAGCAUGUUAUCGAAAAUCAGCACUGCAAUAUAUGCCAAGUCAAUGUAAAGGCCCAUUCUAAGCACUGUCGCGUAUGUAACAAAUGUGUUUGUAGGUUCGACUAUCACUGUCAUUUUGUGAAUAAUUGCAUAGGAGGCAAAAACUACAGGUAAAUAGUUACCUCACUAACAAAUUUUGUAUGUCUUUGAACAAAAUUACUAUCAAGCUUUGACCAGAAUAGAUAUGUAUAGUAUUAGCUGUAUAAAGGUACAUCUCAAUAUGUCUUGUCAUGAUUAUUUUUGCAUAAUGGAAACGUACCUGUCUUGAAAUUGGGAACCAUAUUGAGUGUAUAUGUUCUUAAUUAAGAUGGAAAAAUAUAGCAGACAUAUUCAGCAACUUAUGUACCCUUUGAAAUAAUAUAAGGUUUAUUGGACCACCAUCUUGGUUUAGUUUUUCAUUUCCAUAUGACAUCAUAAGUUUUCAUACAAGGAUUCUAUAACAUGACAGAUUAGCUUACUAGAAGUGUUACCUAUUUUUCCAGAUGGUAUAUGGCAACUCUUGGAACAGCUUCUGUGGCAUUAUGCUUAAUCAAUGGCCUUGCUGUCGUUGAGUUUACCUUUUUCUUCACCGAUCAAACCAAAAGACACAUUUUGCAGCCCUAUCGAAUCUGAACACUCUGCAAACAUACAAGGAUGCGAGCUUCAAAAUCCUCUACCAAAGCGUUCCUUCCAUACGCGGCGUGGCUGACCGUGCUGGCGGUCACCUUCACACUGGGCUCCUUUGUAGCUGUUGCUGUCCUAGGACUCAUCUGUGUUCACAUUUAUCUCACUCGCCACAAAUCGACCAUCUUUAAAUGUGUGAAUAAAGAAAGCCCAUUAAAGGCAUAUGUGCCAGUGAAGAUUGAAAGCUACAUGAGCGGUGCUACAUUGAAUUCGGGCUCUUUCACCAUUGAGCUCGUCACUGGUCUCCCCUGGGUCAGCACAGUUCACACAGCACGCUCAGGCAAGAACUCCACCAAGAACAACAAGAACGAAUGCGAACUGUUAUUCAGGAAAUGGUCGAUGAGACAUGUUCCAGCGGCGCCCAAUCUGACGACAGCUCAAUGUGAAGCCAGGACGUUGUGUCCUUGGCGCCAAGCACUACCAGUCUGUAGACAAUAAUCUUUAGACAUGCCAAACAAACACCUUCACCUUUAGUCCAUGUAUAAUUUUUAGAAUAUUUUUAAUUAUUUUGGGCAAUUGUAUUUUACAUGUUGAGCUAAAAAAGUAAAGCUAUUUGUGUAUUUUGACAAUAUUAUUAUUUAUUUAUUUAACGAAAACAACAUGAUUCUGUCAUUUUUCUACAUAAAUUAAAAUGUGUUGGUGUUCCAAGGUCUAAAGAUGUGCAUAUGAUUUUUCUUUUAAAAUAUAAAAUUAAAAGUGCACACCACAUAUACAUUUUUCAAAAAUAGAGCAAGAAAUAAUGUUUGGGAAAAAAGCACAAAAUGUAAAACCUAAAAAUAAUUUUUCUUGAAGCUAUUGAAGGAUUUAGAAUUUUCUAGUUGAUCAUAUAAAGUUAGAGGGGUGCCAUAUAUAUUUGUGGACUUUUUGUGAUGACGACAGUAAUUUUU